GAUUAAUAUGAAUAUGGACAACAUGGCAAACAGGGGGUUCAGGAGAAGUAUUUAUAAACCUGCACCUCGAAAACGUUCGGAACAGGGCCCAAAACUUCCCUCAUCCGAUUUACGUUGAUCUAGGACUCAAAACUUUACUGUUUUAAAGCAACCAAUCAAUUCCAAGAGUCCCCAAAGAUGCAAGGCUGAAGGGUCUAAAUUUAGAGAUGGCUCUAAACGCAAUUCUUCCCUGAGUUUCAUCAAAAAUGCUGGAAGUGUCAGGAAGGAACAAUCUUGCAAAUUGAUGCCUGCAAAAGUCAAGUCUGUAAGGAAGCCAGUGCACCAGGACCUCGCUCCUCAGGGAUGUAAUGCAAAAUCGCGAUUAAGUCGAGAAGACAGGGAAGAUGAUCAUGAGCAAAAUGAAAAUUUUGUUCAAGAAUUAGAAGAUAGGGUCGAAGCUGAUUUAGAAGUUGAGAAUAUUUUCUUAAAUCUUUCACAGGAAGAAGUCUCUCAGAUUUCAAUGUCCUUGCCUGAAAGACCUACUAAUCCUAUUGUCAAUGAUCAGGUAUUCCUCCAAGGUAAUGAAGAUCGUAUUGAUCAACAGAGUAAACUGUGCUGCCUUAGUCUCGAGAAACUUACUUCUUUAAGCCAGAGAGAAUGCAGCAUUGAGAGACAGAAAAGAAUAUUCCAGGAAGAUUUAGAAGCCCAGAAUGAAAUCAAGGAGCUAUUUUUAUCUCCAUCUACAAAGAUAGAUAGCAGAGCUUCUACCUUUUAUUCAUUGUCAUGCUCUUCUGAGAUAUCCUCUUUUGAGGUUGAGGUGUCUAAGCCUUUAUUAAAAGAGAUUUAUAUGGAAAACUAAGCAUCCCCAGAGGUCCUAAUUUUCAAGUCAACUGGCUUGUUCAGUGAAGGUAAAGUUCUAUUAAUACAGAAAACUAAUAACCAGCGAUUAUGUGUGCUCAAAUAAAAAUGAUAAUGCAAUAUUUUGGAUAACCUUGUCCAAGAUUGGCCUGCUAUCAUGCCUAUUUUUGAGUGGAGCUCUGUACCCUAGUUUCAAACUUCCUUUGAGAUGGCUCAGCCAGAAGGUAGAAGGACUUCCCUGAUCUAGGUGUGUAUCAUUGCUCAUGCUUCGCAUUGGUUAUGCUGUAUUUCUUGCCUUCCAAUGU